AUGUUAACCAACAUGUCAUCCACAACGGUUUAUCGCCUCAAAGUGAAGGUGACUCUGGGCGUCGAACUGCGAUGCACAGCGGAGGUUCGUCCACCGGCAGGGUCUCCCAGGCUGAGAAGGAGUUCGAGACAUCCGACAUUCCGACUUCUCGGAAUCGGAAGCCUAGCUAAGAGUAAACCACUGUUACGAAUCACCACCGUCUUGGCAAAAUGUCGCGAUGGCGACUGUAUGUAUGAUGUAUGGCGACUGGCGAGAGGCGAUCAAAUCUCAGGUUGCUCAGGACAUCUUUAA